CUUUUGUCUCCGUCAAAUAGUAGUUCUUUAGUCCUGGUCCAAUCAACAUACAAAUUUUAACCCAAAAAAGUAGAAAAAAAAGUUCUGGAAUUGUGUAAGUUUAUUCUUUUUUAUCUAAAAUGGCUUUAUUAAAUUGGUAUAAUGCCUGCCAAGACACAAGUGAUUUAAUACGACAAAAUAAAUGCAACAUCGAUAAUAAUAAUAUCCAGAACAUGAUCGAUAUUUUAACUUCAAAUCACUAUGAGCUUGAGUAUAAUUAUAGUGGGCCAGUUGAUCAUCAGAACUGGGGUCGCAAUAAUAAAAAACAGUUUAUGCCAAGGAAGCACCCACCUCCACCUCCAUUGCAAUUAUCUUCACCAUCUUCUGGUGAGGAAUACCUCGCUGAAACUCCCAAUUCCAUGGAACCACGCGGUCCAUUCAAAAUGCCAAGGUCACCUAUGAAUAAUUUGCAAAAACCCCCACCACCGCCAUUGCCCAUUAACAAUGCUGAUAUGAGUUACAGCUUUGAUCCAGAAAUAAGACUACAAGAGGAUAUGGAUCAAAAAUACGUUACCGCUCACAAGAUCCCUUAUUUGUGGAAUGGUAUUCUGCCUCAACAGCGAAACUAUCGGAUAACAACUUAUUCGCAAAAGGUUUUCAUAGGUGGUAUUCCGUGGGACAUGAGUGAGCAAACUCUCAAUAAAUUGUUUGAACCUUUCGGUAGAAUACGAGUCGAAUGGCCUAGAAGAGAUAAACACGCUGUCCAGCCUAAAGGGUACGCUUAUAUCAUUUUUGAAGCUGAGACAAAGGUUAGAGACCUGCUAGCUGCUUGCACUAGCUCAAAAUUCUGCUCAGCUACAGCUGGCAAUUAUUACUUCCACAUAUCGUCGGGCCGUAUUCGAACGAAACAGGUGGAAAUCAUUCCGUGGAUCAUUUCGGAUUCGAACUUUGUCACAUCCACCCAUCAGAAGUUGAAUCCGAGUAAAACUGUGUUCGUGGGGGCACUUCAUGGCAAACUGACGGCCGAGGGGUUGGCCAAAAUUAUGAACGAUAUGUUUGACGGAGUCGUUUAUGCUGGUAUAGACACAGACAAGUACAAGUAUCCGAUUGGAUCGGGUCGUGUGACCUUCAAUAAUAGCCGCUCUUACAUGAAAGCUGUAUCUGCUGGUUUUAUCAAGAUAAAGACAACUAUCUUCACGAAGACGAUUCAAGUUGAUCCGUAUUUGGAGGAUACUUUGUGCGCCCUGUGUGGUGUACAGCAUGGACCGUACUUUUGCAGGGAAUUGGCCUGUUUUCGUUAUUUUUGUAGGACUUGCUGGCAGUGGCAGCAUUCUUUUUAUGAUUUUAAGCUCCAUAAGCCACUCACAAGGAGCUCUCGAUCUGACACAUUGAUUGGCUUCGAUGUUGGCAGUCCCUAGGGAAAUUUAUUUAUCAUAUUUUUUUUUUUUGUGAAAACAACUAUUUAUUUAAUUUUUUUAUUUGUUAAUAUUUAUUUAAUUGGCGAUUUUGGUAGACUGUAUAUUUAUUUUUUUAAGUGUUAAAAAUUUUUGUUUUUUUUUUUCUAUUUUUUGAUUGUUUUCAAUAAUUUAAUUUUCAAAAAUGAAUCGUUUUUGAAUAAUUUAAGUUAUAAACCAUUUUGUAAAUCGAUUUUUUAAUUGGCGUUACAUGCUCUAAUGUAUACAUGAAUCCAAGUGUAUUUAUAUUGGCUUUGCCCAAUGUUUAAAGGGCAUUGUAUAUAUAAUAAUAUUAUUAAUUUUAAAACAUAACAACUUAUGUUUUAAUUAUUAAAUAAACUAUAUUAUUGAUUGUAAAACAAAAAAACUACUUUCUAAUCAUUGGAAUAUUGUUAUAUUUAUUUUUUUUUUUUGUUAUUUUCAUUAUGUAAAUAUAUUUAUGUACCUAGUUUGAUUUGAUAUAUUCAUAUUUUUUGUAAUAUAGACUUUUCAUUUAUGUAUGAAACAUUGUAUAUAUACAUUUCUUAUUCUCCAAAGAAUAAAAUUUAAAUACUAUUAUGUAAUUUUGUUUUAAACUUUAAAAUAUAAACUUUAAAAAUAUCGAAAAGCUAUGC